AUAGCUACCUCUGCAGGUCAUGAGGAAAACAGCAUGCGGUGUCUGCGGAGAACCCAGCUCUCACAGAUAAGAAAAGUCUCUUAAGAGAGAACAAGCCGACUCAGCACUCUGAACUCACUGAUGUACCGCAGUACAGAGAGAGAGAGAGAGAGAGGAUGGUGCUGUGGAAACAUGCUGCGCAUCCUCCUCCUCCUCAUGAGUUCAGCUACAGCAGCGACGCAGUGCAGGAGCGCAGCGCGCGCACAUUCACCGCACUAACCCACUCAUCAACGCUACAAGACUGAAGAAUCCGGCGACAACACACAAUUACCCCGCGCUGCAUUCUGUAUGUGAAGUUUCUCUGAUUAAUGUCUACAUUUUUAACGUUUCAGAGAGCAAACCGGCCAUCAUAAAUCUGUUACUGGAGUUUUCUCAAGGAGAAAUUGAACAUGUACACACACGCUCUUGCGUCCGAGCGCGUGCUGCGAUAAUGCGCCACUCUCACUGAAGACGCGCGCCAGCAGCAAUCUCAGACUCUUCAGUCUCUUCAUACUCAUUUGAACGUCCCUGCCUAUUCUUCGCUAUUUUGAUUUUUAUUGCAUCACCAUUGAUUUUUCUCCCUUCAGUGAGAAUACCAGUAGCAGUCUGAAACAGCUGCUCGAGAAUGUCUGCUGCAGAGGAUGCCAACCCAGCAGGUGCUCCUGGAGGAGCCGGUCCUCCUGCUCCGCCUCCAAACACCACCAGCAACCGCCGACUGCAGCAGACGCAAGCACAAGUGGAGGAGGUGGUGGAUAUCAUGCGUGUGAAUGUGGAUAAGGUUCUGGAGAGAGACCAGAAGCUCUCUGAGCUGGAUGACAGGGCAGAUGCUCUACAGGCCGGGGCGUCACAGUUCGAAAGCUGUGCUGCCAAACUGAAGAACAAAUACUGGUGGAAGAAUUGCAAGAUGAUGAUUAUUAUGGGUGUCAUUGGAGUCAUUUUCAUCGGAAUCAUUUUCUUGUAUUUCUUCUCUUGAGCCGAUCCACCUGCAACAAACGA